UCUGCAGAGAGCGCUCUGCUCGGUAGUUUACCUCGCGGAGGCGCGGCGCAAGCACGCCGCGCCAUGUCCGAUCUUCCCUCAGACAACCUCACUCAAUACGACACUUUUGAAAACCAAACUGAUUUUGACGAAGCCGCGACACAAUUCGUCAACAACCUGUAUCUUUAUUACACUCCCAUCCUUACUAUUCUCGGUUCCAUUGGCAACUUGCUUUCCGUGUACGUUUUCUUCAUCAGCAAACUGAGACUUCAAUCCACCAGCCAGUAUCUUUCCGCUUUGGCAGUUUCUGACACCGUAUUUCUUUUGCAACUUUUGGCGCCUUGGCUGAGCGCGAUGCGGGUGACUUCGAUAUUCUUCACGGGCGGGUUUUGUCAGGUAUUCGUCUACUUGUCCUACGUGUCUUGUUGUCUGAGUGCCUGGCUCGUCAUGGCGUUCACUAUCGAGCGUUUCGUAGCCGUACUCUACCCUUUGCAUCGAAAUGCGUGGUGUACUGUCCGUCGGGCCCGCAACGUCAUUGUCCUCUUGACAGCCGGAGCCGCAAUGGUCAACUUGCCCGUGCUUAGAUUCGCCAUCCCUUCUCGAAACGACUGUAACAUCGACAAGCGGUACUUGGUGUACGCGGCGAGAUUUAACCUGGUGGACACCAUGUUAUCCUUCACUGUCCCGUUGAGCAUGAUCGUGCUGAUGAACGUAUGGAUUAUCGUGGGAGUGUACCGCAUAGAGAAGACUAGGCAACAAAUGAUGAGGUCCCAAUCAGCAGGUCAGCAGCGCAUGAGACCCACUGGAGUUCUGGCUAGUCCUGGUUCGCAGCAGCACGUUACCCGCAUGUUGCUUAUCGUCUCUUCAGUGUUCGUCUUCUUCAAUUUGCCCGCCUACGUUUUUCGAAUGAUCGCGUACGCCUACAAUCUGGGUUCGGCGCAUUUAGUAGGACGGUGGUCGGCGUUGCAGCAACUGGCUGUCAUGUUCUUCCACAGCAAUUUCGGUAUCAACUUCAUGCUCUACUGCCUAACGGGGCAGAACUUUCGAAGAGCAGUGAGGCAGAGCAUCCCUUGCCUUCGUCAAAAACCCCGACGACAGGACGCCGUAAGGAGGGCCACUCGGCCCGCCCGUACCAGCAGCAUCUCAAGUCUGUCUGCGGCUUCAUAUGUAAGCACCUGUACGGAGGCCAUUACCAACUUUCCCAGUACGAGCACACCGAGUUCCCGAAGUCAGCGUUCUGAAGCAUACAUCCGCAAGUGGAAGUUUGACAACAGCCGGACCCAACGCCACAGUCCUAACUAUUCACAGAACCCACAUUCGAUCAAGCAAAGGGAUAAUAUAGAAAUGCACAACAUCAAGGCGAUUGCGACCGAUAUGUAACACAAGGUGUAGCGGUUACGCGAGUCAGCUCUUAAGGGAUACGACAGUCACUUAAGUCCUACAUGUCGCGUUUACUACAUCUCUAAAGCAUGUUAAAGUUUUCGAAGUUGACAUUGCACACGAUAAGUCCAUUACAAACUUGUUCAUUCAAAUGAAAUCCUUUAAAACGCAUAAGUCGCCGCAGUCGUCUUUCGUGCCGCAAUCGUAGUUCAUAGAGUUCCGUUUAAUCAAAUGAAGAGUAUAGAUGAAGCGGGUGCACGCCACCCACUCGGGAGGCACAAUCAAUCUACACCAUCUUAAUGUUUGUUUAUACUCGGAAAGCGAACUAAUCAACCCUUUCAGUCUCUUUAUAAUGAAAACAUCUUCUCAAUAAUUAUUAUAUUAGUAUAUUAUAGUCAUGUUGGACUAGGUCCGUUGUAGUGGGUAGAAGUAGUAUGUUCAAAAAUGUUGCAGUAGUUAUUAGAGGGUUUCAAACAACGAAAAAUAUAAUCAUUCAAUUGUUGUUAAUCGUAGAUUAAGCGUCGUUGGAAAAUGCAUUUGAAAAUGGAAAAGUGUUGAGGUUUCCGGUUAUUCAAAGACCAAUCUUUGAAACCUGAAGUUUUAACAAAGGCUUUACGAUCAGGAUGCAAUAAUGGUAUUCAUGGUAGGAAAGUGUUGACAAUGCUUAAGAUUAAAGAUAGAAGAAAACCGCGCAUUCAAUGGAUGGAUUAAUCCAAACCUAUGAAUCAUGGUGCAAUAACGAUUGGAUUUUUAUGCUCAGGUGUUCGGUACAGCUGUCUCAUUAAUACUACAAUUUUCUUCAAUUUUUCAUGAAUUACCACGGAAACAACCAUUUUCUUUACUUCGUUUAAUUCCAUACAAAUAUUUUUUUCGCGAUAUAAAUCAAAAUAUACUUUUAUUAAAUUAUUUUGGAACCGUUAAAUCUUUCGAAAUAUUACAAAAUCUAUUUGAAUUCUUUUAUAUUGCAAUUCUGACUCUUCAACAUGGCAACACCAAUCGCUAUAGCACCGAGAUCUAGGUAUUAAGGUUGUAGUCUAGUCUUGUAAUGUUCUAGGUAUCGAGAAUUAAAUUAUAGUUGCUGAUAUCCGCAUCAAAAAUGCAUCUAGCGAGCCCAAUGGAUUAAUUAUUGAUGAAUCAACGGAUUAACACAGCAUACUAUAUUAUUAAUACUUAGAUAUCGUAGUAAUCAUUACGUAGAGAUGCUUAAGGGUAACAUUCAGCUACAGUCGAGCCACAGCGUGAAGGCACUUUGGCUCGGCUCUGAAUCUUACCCUGAGCACAUAAUUAUAUUGACUUGAGAUGAAACAACUAUUAAAGUAGUUAGUUUGUUAUUCAACGUUUCUCGACUGCUUAACCGCUUUUGACUUAUUAACCGCGUUUGCUAUUUAUUAUAAUAUAAGAAAUUAUCUCUCUCUUAAAAGUUUAAUAGUGUUAUCAAUAUUAAUAUAUGUUUGUGUAUUUACAUUAAUGAACUGACGAAGCGAACGCCGAAUGGCAUAAAUUUAAUGUUAGUAUUAUAAAAUACAGAGUAUAAACUCAAUAGAAUAUAAUAUAAUGAGUAUAUAUUUUCAUAUCGCCAUUGUCAUGAAAUCUAUACACAAAAUUAAAUUUUUAUCUAAUUAAAAAGCUUACUUUUCAUAUAUAUUUAACAAGAUUUGCGUUACGCGAACUUUGCAACUUGCGGUUCCCCAGUAUGAAUAAAUCUUGUUAUUUAAUUACGAAAAUUAAGUUAGUACAGUACAAAUGUGUCCACAUACUUCUAUAUAACAUUCUUAAAGCGGUCCGUAUUUUUAACUUAUGAAAAGUUCCAGAUAAGAUCCAGUUUCUCUUUGUAAAUUCGCACUGAUAACAAAGAUUUAUAAGUUGAAAAUGGGGAUCACAAUACUUAUUAAUUUUGAGGCGGACGACACUGUGCCACAAUUUCAGUUUGCACGUGUCUGUGUGAUAAAUGUGUGAUAUGGAUAUGAUCUCGAUGGAAUAAUUACAGGAACAGACACGAAGGUGCUGGAAUUACGCCCGUAGGGAUUGUAUACUUAUUUUGUUAAUGAUGUUCAACCAUAUUUACCGAUAUUUUUGUAACAUUUUUCAAAUAACAUUAUUUUAUCAACGCUUGUAAUAUGUUUAAAAUAUUCUUUAUAUUUUACAAUAUUAUAUUUCUAUAACCAAACAGUCGCGAGUAAUAGACCCGAACUAUAUUUUUAGAAAAUCAUCUUCACAAAUCAUCAAAUAUAUACUUAUUGUAUAACAAGAUAGUAUAUCACGUAUAAUAAUGUUCCAAUCUAAUCUAAUGUUCUAAGUAGUGGCUGAUUCAAUUCAACCGUAGGAAGUUUACUGUUAAACGUUGCAUAAUCAAAGAUCAUUAUAAAAGAUCUAUUAGAAAUAUAUUCCAUAUUUAAACUAUCUUUAAACUUAUAGCUUAUAAUGAAUAUGCAGUUGAAUAAUAGUCAUUAUUAAUCAUGUUGAAUGUAGAGAGUAGAAUGUUGAAUGUAGAGAGUAGUAUGUUGAAUGUAGAGAGUAGAAUGUUGAUUAAAUGUAGAGAACA